ACACACACGCAUACAGUUUUUUUUUUUUUUUUAUCAGGUGAUUGCUAUUCUGUCAGCUAUCAGGACUCCCUCUAUCUCUCUGUCUCUCUCUCUCUCUCCAAAUAUGACUAUGUUUCCCUUCACUGUGGACCCCCGCACCUCUGACAUGCCUGCUCAGACUGCUGCAGGAGGAGAGACUUAAAAACAAAAGCCCACUGGUCUAAUUCAAAUUCUUCAGCCAGUACUUAACCCCUAAAUGUAACUCUGAGUCUGAGUGUGUUUGUGAACAGACCUUGAACAAAGAGUUCUGCUUCUGGCUGUCAGGGAGAGGGAGAAGGAGAGAGGGAGAAGGAGAGGGAGAGGGAGGGCUGGGUUUGCUCUCUCUCCAGACUGCAAACGGAUUUUUGAGACACAGACAGGACCAAGCAGGAUCGGACGCAAACAAGGCAGCAGCAGGCUCGCUUUGUUUAUUCUCCACAUUUUUUGUCGCCUGUGAUUGCAGUACCGACCAGCGUUAAAAUCCCAGUUGCGGUGGUGUGACGGGUGUGUGUAGGUUUAUGGCUGACUGAGAUGGGCAGUUGUCCGAGGUUUUCCAGGGAAACGUCAGAUGCGCUCGCGCUGUUUGGUCACCGGUUAUUUCAGAGCCUGUGAUCCCCUCCCGGCGGCGUCCUGACGUCAGUUUAUAAGGACCCCUCAGCGGUGCCGGGGCGGCAGGCAGAUAACGAGGGCUGGAGGAGGGAAAGAGACAUAGAGAAAGAGAGAGAGAGAGAGAGAGAGAGAAGCCGGACCAUGCUGAUCUGAUAUUCUCCGAGCAUUCUGGUGUCGUCUAUACCUGCCAGGCUGAUCUGACAGGGAGAAGCCCUUUGAUAAAGCAGAUGAAGGGGAUUCCUCUGCUCUGUACCUGACUCUACAUCAGCACGGCAACCACAUCCCCAUAGCAACAGGCACUAUGUGUCCACAUCUCCAAUUGUCACUAAACAGACUUCACAGUAAAGCCCCUGAAGAGCACACUCUGCACCUUUGCCAGUGACGGACCACGGCCAAAGCUGAAUAGAGUGUGUGUGGUGGUGGUGGUGGUGGGGGAGUCCCAGUCUUGAGAGUGUAUGCGUGUCCGCAGCUAUGGGGAAGGACUACUACAAGACCCUUGGCAUCCCCAAGGGCUCCAACGAGGAGGAGAUCAAGAAGGCGUACCGCCGCAUGGCGCUGCGCUUCCACCCCGACAAGAACAAGGAUGCCAACGCCGAGGAGAAGUUCAAGGAGAUCGCAGAGGCCUACGAGGUCCUCAGCGACCCCAAGAAAAGGGUCGUCUAUGAUCAGCUAGGAGAGGAAGGUUUGAAGACAGGAGGCAGCAGCUCCUCAGGCGCUCCUGGCAGCUCGACGUACCACUAUACCUUCCACGGAGACCCCCACGCCACCUUCGCCUCCUUCUUCGGCGGGUCCAACCCCUUCGACAUGUUCUUCGGCUCCAACCGCAGCCACAGCCGCUCCAACGGCUUCUCCUUCCACAACGACCACAGCAACGACGCAGAACAGGACGUGGACAUGGACGAGGACGACCCCUUCGCUCAUUUCGGGAGGCAGUUCGGCUUUCCGGGAGGGAUGAACAACGGAUUCCCCGGGGAGGGCCGCAGGAGGAGGGGUGGGGCGCCGUCGGAGCGCUUGGGGACCGGCCGAAAGCAGCAGGACCCCCCUGUGGUCCACGAGCUGAAGGUCUCGCUGGAAGAGAUCUUCCAUGGCUGCACCAAGCGCAUGAAGAUCACCCGCCGAAGGCUGAACCCAGACGGGCGGAGCAUGAGGACGGAGGACAAGAUCCUCAACAUCGUCAUCAAGAAGGGCUGGAAGGAGGGGACCAAGAUCACCUUCCCAAAGGAGGGGGACGAGACCCCUGAGAACAUUCCUGCCGACAUAGCCUUUGUACUUAAAGACAAAGGUCACGUCCACUUCAAGAGAGACGGUUCCAAUAUAAUUUAUAACUGCAAGAUCAGUCUAAAAGAGGCGUUGUGUGGCUGUACGGUUAGCAUUCCCACGCUGGAAAACCGCGUCAUCUCUCUCCCCUGUCACGACAUCAUCAAGCCAGGGACAGUGAAGCGGCUCAGAGGGGAAGGCCUGCCUUUCCCGAAGAACCCGUCGCAGCGUGGUGACCUCAUCGUGGAGUUUUUGGUCCGUUUCCCCGACAGGAUCCCCCCUCAGUCCAGAGAGAUCAUCAGACAACACCUCCCCCAGUCAUAGGAGGACUCGCCUCCAGCCCCUCCACCACCACACACCCCAAACUAAACCCAGAAAAAUGACCCUUUAUGCCCCUUCAUCCUCUCUUCCCUUAUAUUUUGACCCUUAUUGUAGUUAACCUUCCUGUGUCUUGUGUUAAAAACAGACGCUGUGCUUUGUAGGGACUUCACAGUGGGAGGGUGGAGGAAGAGUGCCAACACAAAUGGCAGUAUCAGGAUGUAAUUACUUGUGUUUGUUUUUGUCUUUUGGCCCAAGCACACACACACACAUAAGCGCCUGAGCAGUGGAGCGCGGUGCUGAGGAGGGGCUCGGGACAAUCAAGGCUUUUGCCGGAACUUCUUUUUCUUAACUCUGUUUUUUACGGAUUUAUCAGUGGUUUUAUAUGCUGUCCACUUCUCUGAUCCUCGUCUUUUUGUGAUAGGAUGAAAGCGUGAGAUAUUUUUUAAAAAGACACAUUUUUUUCCAGGGUUUUCUUUUCCAAAGGAGGUUUCAAAUAGGAUUAUUUAUUUUUACCUUGAGUGUACCAGCAGCUUCGGUGUGUUGAGCGCAAAAACCCCAGUUUUACACGUAACUCUCCCACUGCCGCCUGCGUUUUUCAUGCUUCCAGUCUAAUAAAGCAUUGUGCUUGAAGUCUGUAGGCCGUUUACUGUUUAGUAUGAUCUGUCUCCCCCAUAAUCAACUGUAUUCUGUGCCACGACGCACUUAAAGUCUCGCAUUACUUCAAACAAUACUAGCAUAUCUCAGCUGCAUUGGAAAAUCUGAGAAUGACAAUCACAUACUGUAACAGGUGAUACAAUCUGCACAUUAUAUGGGUGCUUUCCCUUCUGAGCUGUGCUCAAAAGCCUGGCUCGAUAUCUGAGGAACAUUUAGGUGCCUUAGCCCGGUGUCAUACCACAUAUGUGAACACACACACACAUGCACACACACAGGUCACACUGUAAUAUACAUAUAUAUUGUAUAUGUAUAUAUACAACCAGCCAUGUUAAGUGCACAACAGACGAAGCCCUAUGCUGUGUUAGACGUGACCAUUGGGGGCUGGUGAUCUUGAAAAAAGCAGUAAGUAAGCAAUGUAAAAAUCAAUCACAAUAAGGUACUGUAUGUAAGCAAAGACAGGUUUUUAGCCAGAGAUUUGAUACGAAACUGACUAAUUUUGCCAAUACAUCCCUGUAAAGUGCCGUACAAGUACAGGCUAAAUUUCCCAGAGAGAUGGAAGCAUGAAGUUAGUCUGAAGUAAAUAGUUGAUCAUUCCUCUGGGAAACCCAGCUGUGUUGUGUAUAUUCUGCUUUCUCUCUUGUGCCAUCUGAAGGCCAUGUCUUGGUGCUACUGUGAGCAUUGCCAAAAAUAGACCACCUUGGUGUCUACUUUUUGGUUUCAUGGAGUUCUCAGUUUGUGAUUUGAUGACUGCUUCUGUCCUCUGUACCAUCUGUACAUCGAACUUUACGUCUGUUUUUCUUUAUCCAAGUAGAAAACCCUGUUUAGGAAACAGGUUUUGUAAUAUUGCAGCAGCUGUUCUUCGUCUCAGCUGCAGGGGGCUCUGAAAACUCUCUUCAGCUCUUCCUACUGUAGUUUACAGCAAUGAUAAGAUGUAUGUAUGUGGAUGGUUUAUGCAGACAGCCCUAGUAAGUCAUAUAUAUCAUGUCUAUGGGAAAAUGUGUGAAUGCAACAUGUUGAAAAAUGCACUUUUUAUGUCGUAAGAGAUACUGAGAAUACUAUGAGAUGAUGGAAGAGACUUGAAUGACAUUGUCUGAGUGUGUGUGAGUGUCCUGCCUCUCGGAGCCUCAGAGGACACCGGACUGUGGCUACAACCAGAAUGCACAUGUGCUGCUGCUGAAAGACUCACUGCUUAUGUGCAUUUGACAAUAUUUAUGAUCCUUUCAAAAAUGGAAAAAAUAAAACCAAAUGUGUGAAGUUAA